GGGGUUUGACCACGACUUGGCACUUGCGUACAUUAGAUCUCCUCUACGUUCUCGAUUUCUUUAACUAUUUUUGAGUCAAUAUAACAAGUACUACUUGCUCAUCACACUCAUGUAAGCUAGACUUCAUUAUCCAACAUCAAACCAAAAUUCAAGCUGGCUUGAACAAUCCCAUCUCUAUUAUUUACUCAUUCGUGGGAAUAUAAACAUGGCUUGGGGUGUGUUGGAUGAUUAUAAAUUGACGAAAGUUCCGGGAACCACUCUAUUCAACAAAAAAGGCCUCGAUCUGGCAGAUGGUGUCGAAGUUGAUCCCAAUAUCAAAAAGUCUGGCUCAAUCAUUCUCAUUCCACAACCUAGUGAUAGUAUAAAUGACCCUCUAAACUGGUCUUUAACUCGCAAGAAUGUUAUUAUUUGGAUUCUUUCGAUCGCCUCUGGGCUUACUGCGUCUCUCGGCCCUAUGGUUACUCCAGGAUUCGGCGAAGUAGCUGCUACAUAUCAUGUCAGCUUCAAUGCUGUGUCAAUUUCUUUGGUAGGGGUUCUAACGCUGGUUACCGGUACAUUCACAUUCUUCACUUCGGCUGCUGCGACAGUUUGGGGAAAACGACCUAUAUUUAUCAUAUCUAUGGUCGUCCUGCUAAUGACUUCUGUCUGGGGAUUCUAUGCCACUAGCUUCGUUUCUUUAACGGUGAUGCGGGCAGUUCAAGGUGCAGCUAGUGCUCCGGUAGAAACGCUGGUUACUUCCACAGUGUCCGAUAUCUUUUUUGUUCAUCAACGAGGGCAAAAGCUGGCAAUAUGGGGACUCGCCAUUCUUACAGGUGUACUAUUAGGUCAAGUCAUUUCAGGGGCAAUUAUCGAAACCAUGGGAUUUUCCGCGUCUUUUGGAAUCACCUCAGUUUGUUACAUAGUAAUCAUUCCUUUGAUGUACUUCUUUGUUCCAGAGACCUCAUAUCAACGGAAAAUUCUCGAGGGCACUUAUAUUUCGGAGAAAAAAUCCGCAAUGGAGAUUGAAAUCCAGGAGAUUGAGCCCAAGAAAACUUUUGUUGAAACACUUUCUCUGUACGACGGUCGUGUCUCCGACGCGGGCUUUUGGAAAAUCGCAAUCAAACCUAUUCAACUUAUCGUCUACCCCGCCGUUAUUGUCAGCACGUUUGUUUAUGCAUCAUUUCAAACAUGGCUAAUAUCCUUCUCUCUCCUAUCCGUCAAUAUUUUCUCGGCUCCACCUUACAAUCUAUCGUCAUCACAAAUCGGACUUACAAAUCUUCCCCAAUUCUUCAUGGGGAUUGCCGCAACGAUGUUGGCCGGUUGGACCGCAGAUAAGAUUGCUGCAUUCAUGUCUCGUCACAAUAACGGUGUUUAUGAACCUGAGUUCCGCUUAACUCUGAUGAUACCUGCAGUCUUUCUUUCUACAAUAGGCUUUUUCGGCUUCGGUAUCUCUGUAGGACAAGGACUACCUAUCUACUGGCCCGUAGCAUUCAUGACGAUCAAUUCCUUAGCUGUGCCCUUUGCGACUUCAGCAAGUUUCACAUAUGUGAUUGAUUGCCAUCCCAAAGAUGCAAAUCAAGCAUUUGUAACAAUCAAUUUCGUCAAGGCGAUUAUGGUAUUUGCUGCCAGCUCUUUUAUUAAUGGAUGGUUGGAGAUGGCCGGGACGAGGAGCGUUUUUACUACUAUCGGUUUCAUUAAUGCAGGUGUUUGUAUGCUGGCUGUGCCGAUUUAUGUUUACGGAAAGAGACUUCGAAGCUUGAUUGCGAGAAGUUCAUUGGCCAAGAAACUUUGAAGGAUAAAACUUAAUUCAUGAUUAUUCCUCAUACAGAAUUCUUGUUGCUCGAUUCAACAAUAUAUCACGAAAGUCAUUUAUGUCCUCCUGAUUUUCGUCUCAUCAUCCGCGAAGAUAACGACACAUUUCUUUUUCCACCCAUUUCGUCUCAAGAUAAUUCACUCUAACUUUGGCCGUCAAAGCACAUUUCUCCGAAUUGAUAAUUGCACUAAAAGUGGCCGAUGUUUGGAACUUUCAUCUAUCUGACUACUGUAUAGUGCCAAGCCACUCGAGAAGGUCUCCUUGAAGCCUGGGAUGUUACGCAUUGAAGCUCUGUGGUGACUUUAUUUUAGUGUGUGGGGAUGAUGGGACGAAAAUAUAUUUUUUGAUGGGCCCACGAGUAUUAUCAAUCUUGUUGCGCUAAACUCAAAGCCACAACCAAUGCCUUAUGACAUGAGAUUUCAAAAACUUCUGUUCCUUUGCCCGUUGCCUAGACACUCCUCUUGUUUGAUAUCGUCAAUGCGUAUGUCAAGUUGGAGAUGGGAUGGCGAGUAGUCUUUGCACUGUCUAUUAAAUCCCCAUUCUAGCUUUGAUAUGGCUCGAAACAUCUCGAGUUAGCUAGUGUAUUUAUUAAAGCCUUUCGUGAUCUCCUAUCUACCUUGAAGGAUAACUAGAAGGCAAGAAAGAAACCUCGUCGUCAUAACAUCCAUUGAUCGAUCCUGUACAUAGACAACAUAGACAACAUAGAUAAUGACUAGUUAUUCAUAUCCA